UCCAUCCAACGACGACAAAUUAAACGAUCGAUCAUCGAGGAUGGAGUCCGGCGUGGAGUGCGCGGACGUGGUCCACGGCGACUACUUCAUGGGCGGCAUGAUGGUGAUCAACGGCCUCAUGGCCGUCGUCCUCCUCCUCUCGGGCCUCUUCCACUCCUUCCUCCGCCGCCUCGGCCAGCCCAGCAUCAUCUCCCACAUCCUCGCCGGCGUCGUGGUCGGCCCCACCUUCCUCGGCCGCGCCGUCGACCUGCGCCGCCUGGGCAUGCAGAACGCCGGCAGCGCGCUGGGCGACACCAUCUACUACCUCCGCAUCAUCUUCAUGUUCUUCCUCGGCCUCGAGAUGGACCUGCGCUACCUCCGCCACAACCUGCGCCGCUCCCUCCUGCUCGCCUGCGGCGGCUCCGCCAUCAGCUUCCUCCUCGCCGUGGCCGCGGGGCCCUUCUUCUACGGCAUGCUCCACCCAAGCUCCGCAGCCACCUUCCAUCCCCAGAAGCUCUACGCCUCCACCGCGCUCUUCAUCCUGGUGCUCACCAGCACCGCCUCGCCGGUGCUCAUCCGCAUCGUCACCGAGCUCAAGCUGACCACCUCCGAGACCGGCCAGCUCGCCAUCGGCGCAGCCUUCGCCACCGACAUCGCCAGCCUCACCGCCAUCAGCAUGAUGGUGGUGAACCCCACCAUCUUCGGCCACGACGGCAAGCCCCUCCCGUCGCGCUCCUCCUCCACCUCUUGCUCCACGCAGUUGAUCCUCUUCCUGUGGAUGGCGCUGGUGGUGUGCGUGGCCGUGGGCGUGGCCGUGAGGGCGGCCAGGCUGAUGAACCGGAUGAGGCGGGGCCGGCAGUACGUGAGCAAGUACGAGCUGUUGGGCAUGCUGCUGCUCAUCGUGGGCCUCUCCCUGGCGGUGCAGUUCAUGGGGUACAGCGCCUCCAUGGCCGCCUUCCUCAUCGGCCUGGCGGUGCCGCGCGAGGGGCCCUUGGCGCGCACGCUCGUCGACCGCCUCACCUACCCGGUGCACCAGAUGGUGAUGCCGCUCUGCUUCGGCGCCAUCGGCGCCAGGCUCGACUUCGCCGAGAUCGGGCGCUUCACGGCCACCCAGUUCGCCUUCGCCGUGGCCUUCACCACCGCGGUGAGCUCCGCCGGGAAGGUGGGCGGCACGGUGCUGGUGGGGCGGUGGCUGGGCAUGUCGGCGCGGGAGGCGCUGGUGCUGGGCUUCCUGCUCAACGUCAAGGGCUACUCGGACAUCCUGGCCAUCAACUUGGCGGACAAGAGCAACGUGUGGGGCGACACGGCGCAGGUGGUGCUGGUGGUGGCCUCCAUCCUCAACACCUUCAUGGCCGGGCCGGCGUCGGCGGCCAUCGUCCGGCAGCAGCGGCGCGCCUUCAAGUACCGCUCGCACUGCCUCCAGGAGCUGCGGGUGGAGCAGGAGCUGCGGGUGCUGGUGUGCGUGCACGGCGCCGGCGGCGUGCAGGCCAUGCUGACGCUGGCGGAGCUGUCCAAGGGCAGCAGCGCGCCGGUGGCCGUCUACCUGCUGCACCUGGUGGAGCUGCAGACGGCGCGCAAGUACGCAAUCACGCACCUGUACAACCAGUCCUUGUCCAAGGAGGAGGAGGAGGAGGAGGAGGAGGAGGACGCCCGGUGGGGCUACUCGUGGGAGAUGGAGCAGGUGACGGCGGCGGUGCACGGCUUCACCACCUACGACUACGACGCCGCCGUGCCGGUGCCGGUGCGCCAGAUGACGGCCAUCUCCAGCCUGGCGUCCAUGGACGCGGACGUGCGCAACGGCGUGGAGGACGCGCGGGCGUCGCUGGUGAUCGUGCCCUUCCACAAGGAGCAGCGCUACGACGGGCGCAUGGUUUCGCGGCGGGGCGGCGACGGGCGGCGGCAGCUGAACCAGCGCAUCCUGCAGCGCGCGCGGUGCACCGUGGGGAUCCUCGUGGAGCGGCGCCUCCCCGGCAUACCUCCUAGCAUCAGCGCGGCGCCGACGCCGAUGCCAGAGCGCGACGACGACCUUGAGGCGUUGCAGCAGGGAGAGGAAGAAGCGAUGCAGCAGGUGGUGGCGGUGUUCCUGAGCGGGGCAGACGACCGGGAGGCGGUGGCGUACGCGACGCGGCUGUCGGCGCACCCGUGGGUGAGCGUGUCGGUGUCCCGGUUCAUGCUGCCGGAGGAGUCGCGGAGGAGGAUGGGCAUGUCCAUGUCGGAGGAGGAGGCGGAGGACGAGGAGUUCAUGGCGGAGGUGCGCGCGCGGUUCGUGUCGCCGGGGCAGGUGACGUACACGGAGCGGUACGUGAGCAACGGGGUGGAGACGCUGGAGUCGCUAAGCUCGAUGGUGGGGGAGUGCUCGCUGUUCGUGGUGGGGAGGGGCGGAGGCGAGGGCGGAGGCGGGGCGGCUCGGAACACGAUGACCAGGGGCAUGGCGGGGCUGGAGGUGGAGGAGGAGGAGUGCCCGGAGCUGGGCGCGGUGGGGGAGGUGCUGGCGUCGGACGACUUCUUGGGGUGCUGCAGCUGCGCGUCGGUGCUGGUGCUGCAGCAGCACAAGCUGCACCGGAGGAUGAGGACAUGGAAGAAGCAGAAGCACAAGCAGCACUCUCAGUCCCAGUCCUUGCCCUUCUUCCCCGACGCCGCCGCCGACGACGACGACAUCUUCGAUUGCGAUUGGAAUUAUGACUAGACUACUCCAGUAGACUAGCUAGACAUGCAUUAUUGCAUAGAGUAGCGAUCGAGCUAGCUAGAAAAAUACGGGACUAGCUACUGUACUAGUACACGUAGAAGAAUUAGAAGAUAGAC